AUGCUUGGCAAUAACUGCGCUGUUGUCGGUUGUGGGACUUCCCGGAGGACAAAAGGAGUCGGUAUUUUUAAACUUCCAGCGCCAAAGAACGAGGAAUACAAGUCAUGGCGAUCACAAUGGUUGAACGAGCUCACUAAAACAAGGGUAAUUGAUAAACAUUUCCGAGCACAGAUUGAAAACGACAGGGUUUUUACCUGCGAAAGAUAUUUCAGAGAACAAGACAUCCAAAAAUAUGUUUGCAAGCAUGUUUCCAAAUUAAAAGAAUUGAGAGACUGGAAUGUUGCAACACUGGAUGAUAGAAUAACAAUGCAGAAGAUGCAUUCACCAUAUCUUUUGCCUGAGUAUGAAAUUGUGGUUGAUGACAGUCUUGGAUUUACCCUGUCCGUGUUGUUUCAUUGGCUUUUACCAGAAAAUCAUGAAAUAUAUAAGAAAUAUUAUAGGUCAGUAAAACAAGUCAGUGUAAAGCAGUUGACUGGAGAGAUAAUGGAUUAUACCCUCUGUACUGGAGUAACUAAUGAAAUGCAAAAAUGUGAUGAUGUAAAGCACCAUGUCAUUCCUAAAUCAUACGAUCCAUUAUGGGAUGAGGGUAAUGAGGUUGAAUUUGUUAAAAAGAUACAGAAAGCUAGCAAGAAAGGACAGGUAAUGCCAGCUAAACUGAAAGCUCCCAUUUCUAAAACAGCACCUGAAAGAAUCAAGCUAGCCCUUCAAAGAACAGCAGCUGAAAUAUGCUAA